AUGUUCCCCGAUUCAGGUGCUUUGCAAAUAUCAUCUGUUUACCAGCACAGUGAUGAGUCCGUAGUGAGUACUAAUAUGGCUUCUGCAGCGAAGGGAGAGUUAGAGACGGGCGGAUUGUUGCCCAUACCGAAGAAAUCGAGGACUAUCAAGACAGAUAAGCCCAGACCGUACUUGUGUCCCAUUUGUACGCGUGGAUUCGUGAGGCAAGAACAUUUGAAGAGACACCAGAGGUCGCAUACGAAUGAGAAACCCUUUUUAUGUGUGUUUUGUGGGAGAUGCUUUGCACGCAGAGAUUUGGUGCUGAGACAUCAACAUAAAUUGCAUGGCAGUUUAGUGGGCAGUAGUUCACCAAGCAAUAUUUCUAGCUCCAAUUCACUCACAGAGAUUUCCGAUGUUGGAACUUUGUCUACCAAUGAUAUGGAGAAGCAUAUCAUUAAAGUUGCCGGUAAUAAAGAGGCAAUUCUACCAACGCCUAGUAAUCCGUUGGCAAGAACGGCAGCACAGUUGAAGAAAGACGCUAGAGAGGCUGCUGCUACAGGGAAGACAUGCUCCAGUAUAAGUCCAUUGACCACUAACUCGGCAGUGUCGUCUUCUUCAUCUUUGAACUCAAUGAGUAAUAGAGAUUCUAGUAUAUCUUUAGAGGCAGUCUCUAAGAAAUCGCUAUCUCCCGUGAUUGCAGAGCAAUCAGAUAAGAAUCCUCCGAAAAGAAGGAAGAGGCAUGCCUCCUUCUCAGCUACAAGUGCAUUCACUUAUAUCAACGAUAACCAGACUUCUCAGCAGGUUUUGAAGGAGUUGCAUUCCAUUCAGGACGUUCCGCAUCAGGUUGGGUUUUCUACGCCUCAGUUGAAUGCUCAACAGCUACUUGAGAAAUUUGCAGAGUCUGGUGUUGUAGAUGCAGAUUUGCUAGGUCUACCCUCCGAUUUCUGUCUCGAUGAAUAUGUGGCAGCGGAGAGUAGUCAUCGCCAGGAUCAGCAACCGGGUGAGGACUAUUUCUCACAGCCUACCGAGAACAACAGUGGUGCACAGAAUGCAUCAUCGGAACCAUUUUCCAAUAUUCCCAUGACGCCCAGUGCGUUCCUUCACAAUGCUCCUUCAUUAGUCAAUUUCUUAACCAUGGGGUCCACGGCAGGUGGAGCUGGUGGUUUCGCUGGCAUCACUGCUGGGGACUCGAAUCUAACAUCAUUCAAAUAUGAACCAUUCGAAACUGAAUCAUAUUUGGAAAUGCCAACAGAAAAGAUAAAUGCUGGGAACAAGUCAGUAGGGACUUCCAGAAACACUGAGUUACCUCAGGAGGAUUUAUGGAUAUCUGAUUUGGUCGGAAACUCUCGAAGAGAACCUGCUUUCAAACUCGAUUUCGAACAUUUUAAUGAUAUAGGGUUUGUUGAUACAUUCACCAAUAAAUCGUCUUCUGCCACACCGAUGAUAAUGGAUGCGGCCACUGUCAACUCUUUCUCGCCAGCUUCUGGUAAGUCUCAAUCGGCCUCUCAGCCGAUAAAACUGCUCCAAAAAGACCGGACUAGUAUAAGUCCCGCUAGUAAUCCUAGCAGUGGCUCUACACAAUACCAUCCAGAAAAGCGAAGAGCAAGCUUCUCUUUGGGUCCUGCAGUAUCAUCCUUGUUCAAUUCCAGGCAAAAGGAUUUGUUCCAGAUGAUAUCUGAAUUUCAAGUACUAAAUUCUUCGCCCUCGCCAAGAACAUCCUCAUCGGGGGAAUCACCACUGAGUCCGGGAGAUGCUUCUGCAAAAUAUAGAAAGGGUUCUAGAUUGAUUCUAUUUGAUGCUGAGUUUCGUGAGGCAAUUAUCAGAGAAACUAAUCUGCAAUCAAAGCAAUUUCCAAAGUUAGAUGAACUAAAUGCUUAUGUCAAUCUCUACCAGUCCGAAUUUCACCGCUAUUUUCCUUUUAUUCAUCUUCACUCCCUUGUUCCUUCUAUGAACAACCUCCUGAUAAUAUUAUCAAUUACGAUGAUUGGCGCACUGUAUGCCUUCCAUUCUUCGCAUGCCAUGCUCCUUUCUAAUAUUGCCAGGCUCAAAGUCCGGGAUCGUUUGAACGACAUUCACAACAACUUUGAGACUACACCACUUUCUCUGAUUCAGAGUAUGGUCCUACUAACAUUUUUUGGGAUUUUCAGUAACGAUUCAAAUGUCACGAAUGGUAUGAGUAACAAGGUCAUGAUGUUGAUUAAAUUGGUCAAGAGUUCCAAACUGAAUAUGCCUUUGGAGACUCUACAGACGCCACCGAUCGAAAGUGACCAUGUCCUGGAAUUUCAGGAUAAUCCAGAAGUGCUCAAUAGGAUUAGGAGCCAAUACAACACACCUCAACAAAUUCACAGAAACUUCAAAUAUUUCAUCACAGCACAGGCUCGAAUAAGGACUUGCCAUAUUAUCUUACUAAUCUCCAAUCUCUUCACAUCACUAGUCGGUUUGGAAGGCGUUUUCCACUCGAUCGAUUUGAAAUGUGGUGUGCCAUGCUUCCACGAACGGUUAUUUGCGUGUGAAGAUGCCAUUCAGUGGGCUAGAAACUUGAAAAAAUAUCACAUUGUGUUAGAUUCAAAAUUCUCGCUGAUUCAGCUCUCUAAUGGUGAAGAUUAUAGUCACUGUCUAAUGUACAUUUCGACAGGAAGCCAGUACUACUACGAAAACUCGAAGAUAUCAUUCAGGACCUUACUGUCGAUGCUAAUUUCUGUUCAUGAAAAGAUCUUCCUGGAGAGGAAUAACAUGAAAUAUGAGGCUAACGAACAAGUAAAUGAGAUUAAAUGGCGUAUGAAUUCGCGUCCAGUGAUCGAUGCCAUGCUCAAACAUUGGGAAGCGAUUUUCAUCAAGAGCGGCGGUACGCUGGCCUGCCAUGAAGAGAAUAUACCGAUGAUUAACGAGAACCCUGCAAUGAGACUCAUCAUUCCCCUACAUCUUUUUGCAAACAUCAGGAAAUGUCUGGAUUUAAGACGAGUAAUGAAUAGAAUAUGGCUAAAAGACUGGGAAGGUAUGAAUGAAGGUUUGAGUUGCAUGAGUUCCAACAAGGACUCGCUGCGUGAGGCAUCGAGUUUUGCGUUAAACAUCGUCCGUUUCUGGGCUGAGACAGUCUCAGUAAUGAAAAAUGCAGAGAGAACAGCAAUUAGAACCCCCAUUUUCUCCAUUACAUGUAUCUUCUCGUCCAUUCUCAUUGUAGCGGAAUAUAUGAGACGCGUCGAAGCCUGGGCACAAGAUUUUGAUCCUUCAAAUCCAACUGCACAGAUCUUAAAUGCGUCUGACAGAAUGUUCUGGCUAAAAUCAGAGCAAGUGCUUAAGAAAGUGGAAGAACAUUUGUUGCCAAAGGGCUACAACUCACAAUCGUAUGCCGAGUUUUUGAGAUCCCAGGCAAAAGGGGCGCUCGACGUCGACGUUCUGGACAAUGAGUUGGCUCGGCGUGCGAUGAAGCCAGAUACUCCAACGGAGGAAACCAAAGAAGUUAUAAUAAAAGCAAGACUCUCUUCCAGGUCGUUGUACCUGGGUGUAAGAAUACUGGGCGACGCCCCGAUAUGGCCGAUCGCUCUGCUGUUUGCGCAUGCACUGCAGGCCAGGGCAAUUUACAACCUUGAAGACCGCUCGACAUUAUCGAAGCCAGAAUAA